AUGUACAUGAUGAGGCAAUCAUGCCAGACCUCUAUAAGUUGUGUUGAGGUUGAAUACUUAUUGAAAGCUCACGAAUCUUGUCUGACAACCCUAAUUGAAAAUGUUGAUAUGAGAAAUGAUGAGAGAGUGACUAAUCAGUGUCGUACUUUUGAUUAUGAGAUUUCUAAAAUUCAUGAUGUUGUGAAAGACCGUCGUGAAAUCUUUGAAAAGCUGGUGUAUGAAACGGAAGCUUCUCUUGAGUUCAAGGUUAAAGAUCUUAGAGACUUGAUCUCCACAAAGGUUAAGAAGUUGGAUAAUUAUUGUGUUUCAGUGAAUAAAAAGGUUGAUGUAGUGGCAAGUGAAAGAACUCGUUUGAUAGAAUAUCUUACUGCUUUCAACAAAGAUUAUUAUAAUGAUCUCAAGGAUAAGACUGAAAAGGAUGUCAAAGUUUUUGAGAAGAUUGAAAAUUUUCUUUCUGGUUAA